AUGGCGCUAUCUCUGUUUGCCAUUGUCCUUGAUGGUCCUGAUUGGAUUGAGUGGAAAAAUGUUGACAGAACGAUGAAAUUUUGGGAAAAUAAAGACAAUUACACUUGUUCAUCGAAUGACAAAACAUGCGGUUGCCAACAAGGUGGUGCAGGCUCACGUAAGUAGAAUCAAUUGUACACCUGAGCGUUUGAACCGCCGAAUGGGAGGGGGCAGAAACGCGUAAAAACGCACAAGUUGUGACAAACCUGCAGCAGUCUUGUAGCAAUGUCAACUUGUAGCAAUUGUCAAUAGGAUGUGUUCGCACUGCUUGUUCCCAGCUUGUUGACAAGUUGUCAACGACUUGUUGGCAACUUACUACAAGGUUGUUGAUAACAAGUUGUUCCAACAACUUGUUAUCGUCCUGCAAUUCAACUAUUUGUCAACAAGUUAUGAGUGACAACCUUGUAGCAACUUGAUAAAAUAACAGCAUUGUUACAACUUGCCAACAUGCUACAAGGUUGUUGAGCUCAACAGAUUUGUUACAAGUUGUUCCAACAACUUGUUAUCGUCCUGCAAUUCAACAAUUUGUCAACAAGUUGUGAGUGACAACCUUGUAGCAACUUGAUAAAACAACAGCAUUGUUACAACUUGUUGACAAGCUUGCUACAAGCCUGUUGCAAACGCAUCUUGUGACAAGUUUUGAGAUUUUGUGAGAAAAGUCGAGAAUCUUGCCCCAAGCAUCAGCAAAACAUGAUUGGUAUUAGCCUGGGGUACAAUUAGGUUUAAUUUUCGUCAGUCAGUCAAAGUUUUUGCUGUUUUGAAAAAUCUCGUUAAUAGUACAAUUGCUCUUCUGCUAUCUAAGACGUGUGUUAAUAAAUUUUAUUCACAAAUUAAAAUUAGUUUCCUCCUCUUUCUUGCAGAGAAUAUCAUGAUUUCGAUAAUCGCUAAUUGUGAUGACGUAGUAUAUCUUGGUGCCAUAUAUGGUGUUAUAGUGGGCGGGGCGGUUAUUGGAUUCAGUUUAUGUCUGGCGACAUUAUUGGUGAUGGUGAACUCCGUAUCGUGGAAAAAUCCUUGGAAGGUUAGUAAUAUUAUCAUAUAAUAGAUAUAUGUAUUUGUACGUAUGUCAUCUAUUAAGUCUAUUUCAAAUAUGCCUCCAUUUUAAGGCUCUUUCUUUUCAAGCAAUAAAUUUAUUUGUUAUGGUAGAAUUAAUGGGUGAGUUCCAGCUAUAGACUAAAUUUUGAUCUAGGCAAGACGAACGAAAUCCAACACCACAGCUAGAAAGAGCGCCUUAGAAUGAGUAAAACUGCAAAGUUUAGUUGCAACAUGUUGUAAAAUGAAGAAAAUACCCAGCGGGCAAAAUGACGUUUAUCCAACGUCGAAUCAGCGUUGGAAAUGACCUUCCAGACGUUGGAUAGACGUUGAAAAAGGGUUGACUAUGCAAAUUGGAUCGACGUUACUGUUUCUACGUUGAAACAACGUUGAAAUUAGGUUGCCAAUCUCGUCAACCAUAAUUCAACGUUGAAUCCACGUUAAAACAACGUUGAGAUGGGUUCACAAAUCGACGUCGUACAUUUAACCAUGAAUGAACGUUAAUUCAACGUCUGUUGGCUGCUGUUGAACCAAUGUUUGUAAAACAACGUCAGAGCAACGUAGAUAUUAGGUUGUCGACGUCGCAACCUUUUUUCUAUCAAAUUUCAACGUUGAAACAACGUCGUGUGCCCGGUGCAGGGUAUAGCCCUGUGAAGUUCGCAAAUUUUGUAUAUAUUUGUGUUAUACGCGCGGUAAAAAUAACUACUUUGACUCAAAAAUGGUUAUUUUUCCCGCGCGUAAUGCAAAUAUAUACAAAAUUUGCGAAUUUCACAGGGCUAUAUUUUCCUCAUUUUACAACAAUUCGCAACCAAACUUUGCAAUUUUACUCAUUUUAAGAUUCUCUUUCCAGCUAUGGUAAUAGAUUUCGUCCUUCUUGUCAAGAUCAAACUUUCGUUUAUAGCUGGAAACAUUCAUUGCACCGAACCUCAAUGGACCAUUUGCAUUAUAGACUAAAUUUUGAUCUAGACAAAAAAUUUCAUCACAGCUUGAAAGAGCAUCACAAAAUUAGUAUUAUUCCAAAGUUUCGUUGCGAAAUGUUGUAAAAUGCGGAUAAUAUAGCCAUGCGAAGUUUGCCGUUUUUCAGUCAUUUUGUAUUACGCAGGGGAAAUUGACAGCCCAAUCGGGUGUUGGGGCAUCAAUUUCCUGUUUGUAAUACAAAAUGACUGAAAAUUGCAAAUUUCGCAAGGCUAUAUUAUCCGCAUUUUACAACAUCUCGCAACGAAACUUUGGAAUAUUACUAAUUUUGUGAUGCUCUUUCAAGCUGUCAUGAAAUUUUUGUCUAGAUCAAAAUUUUGUCUAUAAUGCAAAUGGUCCAUUGAUAAGGACCUCCUUGUUGAGUAUCCACCACUAGCUCCCUACUCCCCAUGAAGAAAACACACAAAGGAUUUCAAUUCUUCCCCAGGCUUUCACAUCUUACACGGCAUCGUACGAGAACAAAGCAGCAGUGUCGUCGUUGACUGACGUCAUGGAACUCUACAGAGAACAGCCAACACGCCAUCCAACGCUCGUCUCAAGCUCGACCUCAUCACUCCAAAGACACAACAAGGAAUACAUGCCCGCUUGGUCGCUGUAUGGCUCAACGGUGGAUGACGUGAACAACCCCGAGCCGUACGCGAACCAGAGCUAAGAAACUGUACACGCACUUUUAUUAUAGUUUGGGUUGUCCUGUUGAUGUGCUACAAAUCAUGGUGGAUUAAAUUGAUUAUGUACAUAGCUACAGAAUUGAACAGCCAUGCUGUUCGGUGGAGCGAAAAGGAAUUUGAAGAGCUGCAAAUGAGCCUUUAAAUUAGAAAUGAUCUGGAGAAUGUUUCGCAAACUUUUUAGACGCAAACCUUUAGACAGUGAAAAACAAUGUUACUUCUGGGUGAUGAAACGAGUCUAAGAUUGCAUGAGAGUUUCCAAUCACGAGCGAUCUUGGUUAGCUGUUCUUGAGCCUCGUUUCCAUAUGGUCGUAAAAAUAUAGAGUUACGAUCUUUCUCAACGGCCAGAGUUUAUAAUAGUUUAUACCUGUGAACCACAUUUCAAAAUCUCAUUAGUAAUUCAUGAGGAAAACACAAAGAAAAAUCCUAAGCGUGUCGUAUCUUUAUAUGUGAUAGAGAUUUCCCUUGAUUUACCGAUAAACUUUAACUUUGAUUUUCUCGACUUUACACAACGUAUUUUUUGAAAAUUAGUUCGCCAAUCAGUUCACUUGCUAGAUCGAUUGUUUUUGAAGCAAUUUAAACUACAUUCGCAGUGCGUGUUUUAUCAGACCUAAAGAUACUCGACUUCGCCUCGUAUCUAUAAAUUUGAUAAAACACUGCUGAUCAUGUUUUAAAUAGAACAUAAAUCAUAAGUAUUCUCUAGUUCUAAUCACUCCGCGUAUUUUCAGUUCUAAAAUGUUGUAUUUCGGCUGAUGAGAAAGAUCGUGACUCAAUCUUUACGACCGUUACGACCAUGCUUUCCUAACAAUCUCAUGUAUUUUAAGUUAAAUCGUAGUUGAAAAAGUCAUCAAACUUUUAGUAUUUUGUUAAUCUACAAAUAUGUACGACUGCCAACUCUUAUGCGUCAACCCGGCUCGUUCUCGUUUUUUUAAGUGAUGUCAUUAAAUUGUAAUACAUUUUGAAAAGUAAAAUUAAAACAUGAAUUCCAAA